UACAGCUCUGAGCCUGAGCGAUUUUUCAGUUGAAGUUUAGCUUUUGUGUCAACCAACCGCUCAUCUUGCAUGGGAUAACUUUCAAUCGACAAUUGAAUUAAGUUGAAACCGCACGAUUCCACUUUACAAAAAAUUUCUUUCCUUUAAAUUUGUAAAAGUUAAUUCGGUUGCGUGUGAUUUCCGAGAUUUUCUUAUUUCCGUUGUUCUACUGAAAAUUAAUUUUCCGAAUUUGUUAGCACAAAACGGACGGAUAAGUUUUCCAUAGUGAUCAUUUUUUUUCUGUGCGAUUGUGUGUGUGUGUGUGAAGAAAAAAAGUCAAAAUGGAGUCAAACAUAGACCCAUUCAAUCAAUGGGGAGAUGAGAAUCAAACCGAAUCUCAUGAAUUAAAUGAAAGAGCACCAAUAAAUCACAAUCCAAACACCUAUAUGACAGGUGAUAUACGAGAAACAAGUGUUGAAAGUUUAAAUAUUGAUACGAUGCAAACAAAAGUAACGGUGAAUGGCCAAGUUAGACGAACCUUCUUCGAUGAAAAGCCUAUAGACAACAACUAUUCACAAUUCAGCAAAUAUAACCAGCAGAUUGCAUCAAUUUCGGCAGGGCUUUUGUUGAUAAUAUGCUCUGGCAUGCAUACGGUGUGGGCAAUUUAUCAAGUAUUGUUCUAUAAGACAUCUCGUGUGUAUCAAGCAAAUUUUAACGAAUUGAUUGGAUUUGUUAAUAAAAAUGAAACACAUUUUUUUGAUGUGCCCUACACGUUUUCGGAUCGCGGCGGUUUAAUGUUUACAAUCAUAUUAUGGUAUAUUGGAAUGGGACUUGGAAGUCUUUUAAGUGGUUGGCUCUUGGUGCCGAAUGUGCAAAAGAAAAACAUUUAUUACUUUGCAUCGUUAGUAAUGUUUGCAAGUGGAUGUACUUUCUAUAGCGCCGAUGAAUCCGAAAGGUUUUGGCCAUUUCUUAUGGCAAUCGGUCGAUUUUCAGCUGGAUUUGGUCACGGUAUUACAUACGUCACCGUUUUUGUGCAAGCCAGUGAAAAUGCGUCGAAAGAUUUUCGCCGUAUAAUCGUUACAAUAAUCGGUGCUACCGUCGGUUUAUCGAUAUUCAUUGCGUCAAUUUUUCUCAUCAGGGUACCGAUGCCAUUAGCAACGAAGAUGGAAAAUCCAAAUGCAUUAUAUGAAACAAUGUCCUCAGGAAUUAUAUGUACAAUUACCAUAAUAUUGAGCUUUUUUUCGGUUGUUUUAAAUUUCUUUUUUUCACAUGAAACCGUACCAUUUUUAUUAUAUCAUAAUUAUCGUGAGGAAGAAGCACAAUUUGCGAUAGCUCGUAUGCUUGGCGAAGAUCGUAACGCACCAAUUGUUCAAAAAGAAUUUGAAGAGAUAAGAGAAUUGUGCAACGAUGACUAUGCAGAAUAUCCUGAAUGGAAAGUUUUUACAUCUAUAAAUCGUUGGUUGAUGUCAAUACCGUUAAGUGCGCGUAUUACUAGUGCUCAUUGUUUAUAUAUGUUAUGUCUCAUUAUGCUUGUAAAUUGUAUUGGUGGUCAUGUAGAUGAUGUAGAACUUAUCAAGCGAACUCCUUUGGAGGCCAAAGUGGAGAUAUUCGACGGGACUUUUAACGGCAGUGCGCUUAUCAAUGGCACAAUAGUUAAAGGUACAUUUAUAAAUGGCACGUCAAGCAACGACAAUAAGGACGGAAUCUCGUCAAAAGAAGUAAUAACCGACAAAACAACCGACAAAAUAACUGAACCCGCGUCAUCUAACGUAACGUUGAACAACGCCACGUUAAUCAAUGCCAUGUUAACUAACGGUAAAGUAGCGUUAAUAAACGGUACGAUAAUCAACUGCACGCUAAUUAAUGGCGCAUUUCAUGAUGGCACUUUUAUUAACGGCACAAUGACCAAUGGCACCAUAAUCAAUGGUACGUUAAUCAAUGGUACGAUUCAUAAUGGCACACUUUUGAAGCCAACCAACGGUUUGGUAAAACAGGAAUACGAAAAAGACAUAAGUAAAAACUUAAAUACACUUAUGGAAUUGGCUGGAAUGUAUAAUGCUUCCAUUAAAUGGCUACUCGCAUUUUGGUUUAUACUUGGUCUACCAUUUGUAUUCCUUGGAAAUUAUUUCAAUUGGAAGCGUGGCCUUCAUUUUACAACCUUUAUAGUUGGUACCUCUAUAAUACUUUUUACUAUACUACAUGAUAUAGUGGGUUACCUUUUCAACAUACUUGUAAUUAUAUUUAUUGACAUUUAUAUACAUUUUCUAACACUGCCUAUUGAUACUAUUGGCUAUUCAUAUUUAAUGGAAUGCUUUCCCAUCUCAAUAAAAUCCAAAGCUAUCGCCAUGGUCACCUUAUGCGAAUGUAUAUUCAAUACAUGUUUUAUUUGGAUUGAGAUGAAACACUCAUCAUUUGGCUUUGACUUCUUGGCAAUGGGUGCUUUAUUCACUAUACUUGGAUUAUAUUUGUAUGCCGUCGUACCAAAUACGAAUGGGCUAUCCUUAGCUGCUGCCAAACAUGCUUAUAUUCAGUCACUUUCUUCGAGUUGGUGGAAAUUUUAUAAGAAAAAGUAAACAAAAUUGCAAAAUUAUAUGGAGAAUGCAAUAAUUUUUUUUAAAUUUUUAAUUAUUUGAUUCAGUGAAAAUAAAUCUGGGGAUAAAAAGGUCUUAAAACGUAUUUCCAGAUCUAUUCUCAUGCAUAUAUUUCUUAAAUGUCAAUUUCAAGACGCUUGGAUCACUUUAAUAUUAUACCGAAAAACAGUGCCUAUGUUAUACUCUCAUAUAAAGUACAAA